AUGGCCUCGUCAAAUCCCCAGACGGUGCCGUGCGCUUACAAAACAGGCCGCACGCUAGGUCAAGGCACCUACGCCGUCGUCAAGGAAGCGGUGCACAUCAAGACGGGCCAGUACUACGCCUGCAAGGUCAUCUCGAAAAAGCUCAUGGAGGGACGCGAGCACAUGGUUCGCAAUGAGAUCUCGGCGCUCAAGCGCGUCUCCCAAGGUCAUCGCUCCAUCGUCACGCUCGUCGACUACUUCGAGACCAUGAACAACCUCUACCUCGUCACGGACCUGUGUGUGGGUGGGGAGCUGUUCGAUCGCAUCUGCGAGCGGGGGAACUACUACGAGAAGGAUGCGGCCCACAUUGUUCGUACCAUCACCGAGGCGGUGGUGUACCUGCACAACCAGGGGAUUGUACAUCGCGAUUUGAAGCCCGAAAACCUCUUGUUCCGGGAUAAGACCGAGGAGAGUGACCUAUUGAUUGCCGACUUUGGCCUAUCGCGCGUGGUCGACGACGAAAAGAUCACGGUCCUUUCCACAACCUGUGGUACACCAGGAUACAUGGCACCGGAGAUCUUCAAAAAGACGGGGCACGGCAAACCCGUCGACAUGUGGGCCAUCGGUGUUAUCACCUACUUCCUCCUCUGCGGUUAUACACCGUUCGAUCGCGAUACGACCAUGGAGGAGAUGCAAGCCAUCAUCAAUGCCGACUACCGUUUCGAACCGAGCAUGUACUGGCAGGACGUAUCGGAUGCUGCCAAGGAUUUCAUCAACAAGCUCCUCACCACCGACCCAGCCAAGAGGUUGACGGCGAAACAGGCCCUCGAGCACGAAUGGCUGCUGAAUGCCGCCCCCACCCAGAACGGCGCCAAACCUGCACCGUCCGCGGAACAAAAGGAUCUCCUGCCAGACAUCAAGUCUGCCUUCAACGCAAAGCGGACGUUCCGAAAGGCAGUCAACGGCAUUCGACUCAUCAACAGACUCAGAACCAACGAACACGUCCCCAACAAGGAGGAGAUCGAAAAGUUACGACAAACCAUCAAGGACGCCGAAGACGAAAGCGCCAAUUUGGAUCAGGUCUACCCACCCUCUGCCGAGAACCAAUAG